ACUCAAAAAAAAAAAGCCUCGCCAUAUCUACUCUUCAUCAAGUCUACUACUGCUCGCGCUAACAAGCAACAACAUCUCAGCUUCCCUCUAUCUGUGGCUUUCUUGCCGAAGUAAUAAAGAGACGUUUCUAUUUGGAUGAGCAAUCACACAAUUCAUCCCGAAGCUUCAAGACUCUGUUUUCGAAACAGUGAAAAAUGGCUAUUAAAAACAGGAGCAUUAUUUGUUUCCUGUGCGCGGCGUCGGCGGCGCUGCUUUUCGCCGCUCCGUCUGAGUCGGCGAUAGGAGUGAACUGGGGUACCCUUUCCCUGCACAAGCUGCCGCCGCCGACGGUUGUGGAUCUCCUCAAGUACAACGGUAUUCGGAAGGUGAAACUGUUCGAAGCGGAUCCGGAUGUGCUCAGGGCGUUAAUGGGCAGUGGGAUUGAGGUCAUGGUUGGAAUCCCCAACGAGCUCCUUUCCCUCAUUGCAUCUUCUUCAUCCGCAGCUGAUUUGUGGGUUUCCCAGAAUGUGACCAGAUACAUGGUUAAAGGGGGUGUUAAUAUCAAGUAUGACUUUCUCCGUCCCUUGCCUGUCACCUGUUUCAUUUCAUCUAGGUUCUGUGAGGAAAGUUCUAGUUAUAUGUACAAAGCAUUUUGAAGCCCAUUUCCCUCCAAACUCUCUAGCUCGGGAUCACUACUUAGUUGAAGUUUGAGCUUUCAGAUUAGGAAUAGCAAUAUUGAAUUUCACAAACCCCAACUGCCACAGCUGGUAUGUUGCAGUUGGGAACGAACCUUUCCUCACAAGUUACUCUGGUCAAUACCAAUCUGACGUCCUUCCUGCUCUAUCAAACAUACAACAAUCUCUAGUCAAAACAAAUCUUGCAGGGUCCAUAAAGCUGGUUGUACCAUGCAACGCUGAUGCCUAUGAGUCUCCUUCUGUACCAUCACAAGGUACCUUCCGACCCGAACUGACCCAAAUAAUGACCCAACUUGUUUCUUUCCUAAACUCAAUCGGUUCGCCAUUCAUGGUCAACAUAUACCCAUUCCUCAGCCUCUAUGGAAACUCGGACUUCCCACAAGACUAUGCCUUUUUCGAAGGAACGACCCAUCAAGUGGUGGACGGUCCGAACGUAUACUUUAACGCGUUUGAUGGAAACUUUGAUACUUUAGUGUCAGCCCUCUCCAAAAUCGGGUACAGUCAGAUGCCUAUUGUCAUAGGAGAGGUAGGUUGGCCCACGGACGGAGCCGUCAGUGCCAACAUAACUGCUGCAAGAGCUUUCAACCAAGGGCUAGUGAACCAUGUACUUAGAAACCAAGGGACCCCUCUUAGGCCUGGGGCCCCUCCCAUGGAUGUUUACCUUUUUAGCCUCCUCGAUGAGGACGGGAAAAGCAUUCUUCCCGGAAACUUCGAGAGACACUGGGGAUUGUUCUCUUUCGACGGGCAGGCAAAGUAUAAACUGAACCUUGGAAACGGUUUGCUGAGGAACGCCAAAGAAGUAAGUUACCUUCCAUCCAGGUGGUGUGUGGCGAAACCAGAUAGAGACUUUUCAAUGGUGGAUAACCACUUUAGGACCGCGUGUAGCUUUGCGGAUUGCACGACCCUGGACUACGGCGGGUCCUGCAAUGGCAUUGGGCCAAAGGGAAACGUGUCUUAUGCAUUUAACAGUUACUAUCAGUUGCAAAAACAGAAUCCGGGGAGCUGUGAUUUUGAUGGGCUUGGGAUGGUCACUUUCUUGGAUCCUUCUAUUGGUGAGUGCCGGUUUCUUGUUGGAGUCACAGAUGGAAAAUCUUCAGGUCUGAACUUGCAUAGAAGUUGGGUAAUAACCGCAUUGAUGACGUUUGGGUGUUUCUUGUUUUCUGUGACUACCAUAUGAUUGGGGGGGUCCAUCUUUCCAGGAUCCUGAAAUAGGAAAGAUACUGCACAGUUGAUAGUAGUUAGAAGUGAGGUCCGGGUUAGUUUGUAAAAGCUUAUAUUUAUUGUUCAUGUAUCGAAUGGACUAGAUUAGUUGAUAUUUAUGGUCUGAUGAUGUACACAAGCUGGACUAUAGCAUGCAAGUAAAUUCAUGUAGAAUUAUGUAAUCCAAGAUCAAUGCGCAUGCAUAUUAGCUCAAUAUGCAUGCAUAUUUGUCUUUUAUUCUGAAGAAUUAUACGUUCAA